GCCGGAAUGGAUGGAAUCAGAAGGAAUUUCCGGUCGCCUCGACGUAGCCUUGAUCGCUUCAUCUUGUACGGCAAACCGGGAGUGGAGAGUCAUUGAGAUGGAAUCAACGGCGAACGAUUCACCGUCGCCGGAGGGAUAAAGACGGAGGGCAGAAACUGAACUCGACCUUCCCUUUCACGUUUCUCUGUUACUUUGAAGGGUUUCGCGGUUCUGAAGCGAGUACAUCUGGGCCCAACAUUUGAAUGGGCCGAAGCCCGAUUCAGGCCAAUCGGGACUGGAAGGGAAAUUAUCCACCAAAACCCAUACUGUUCUUCGCAGCUCUGCUCCAGCUCUGGAAAUGGCGAUGGCGGUUCAGCAAGGGGAAACCACUACAAUCCACAAACCUUGUGGCACACCUCCACUCCCAGAAACCCAAUUCCCAUUUUCACCUCCCUCAAUCCUCGCCGCCGGCGAUUUGUUUCCUCCCGCAGAAAAGCGCGCGUCUUUUCUUGUACAUCCGGCGGCAAAGAUGCAAUCCCCUGUUUUUUCGUUCGAUUCAUGUAAAAAGCUUUUCCAUGCAACUUCCCUUCCACACACGGAUGCUCUCGUUGAAAGGUAGACCACCGGUUGCCGUCGCUAUUCGUGGAAUCGGUCAAUAAUCCAACUCAAGAAUGGAGUUUGAACAGAGACAUCAUCAAAGAAUUGGAGGACAGUUCUGUACUAAUUUUCUUCCUCAAUCAUCCUCCAUACAAUAAGGCUUGUAUAUCUGUCAAAGGGUAACAGUCCUCUUACACAAACACCUUUUUGCUUUAGAACCUUGCAACCAUGUCCAGAGUAAGGCUUCAACUCCCACCAUUUCUAUUCUUGUUUCUGCUUCUCCUCCAAAAAACUGCUGCUGCAGACGAUAGCCAGGCCACGGAGCAAUACUGUAAACCUUCUUCCUGCGGCGAAAUCCCCAUCAUCAAGUCCCCUUUCCGGCUCACAACUGAUCCCGGCGGCUGCCGGGAGACCAAGUUCAACCUUUCCUGCGAGAACAAUACCACCGUGCUCUAUGAGAGCUUCACCGGCGGCAGGUACUACGUGAAGGCGAUCAACUACAACAACUCCACAAUCCGGUUGGUGGACGAUGGCGUGGUUAGCGGCAAUUGCCCUUCAUUACCCACGCAUCCUAUCAGCUCACGACGGAUUGUUAUGUCAGAUGGGAUCACUGGUGAGGAUGUCAGCCAGUGGUUCGUAUUACCUGAAGGAAAUCUAGUAACACUCUAUGGAGGAAAAACGUUAACUCAAGCCUUGGCUGUGAUCAAUUGUGACAACCAUGUUGUCCACUCUACUACCACUACUACUAGAUCGCCACUAGUGGUUGUGGAAACAAGCCCUUGCGUCGGUUCUGAAACAAAUUCUUCAUCUUCUUCUUUCACCAGCUAUGUGGUUAUGGGGAGAGAUGCAAGUGUAUCAGAUUUGCCAGAGUCUUGCAGAGUGGAGCUGAGUGUUUGCUGCUUCUUCUUUCUGUUUAAUGAAGGGUCAGACAACCUCAUCAGGUCUAUCCAAUUGGGUGCAGUUAGCAUUUCAGCGCAGUUCAUCAAAAACUGGAGGCUUGCCUUUGGUAAACAAGACACUAUCAUGAAUGCAGCUUACUCUGUACUGCGGAUCAUUGAUAUAGUUAUUCUAUAUCGCCUGAUCCUGCUUGUACUUGGCACCCCGGUUGUUAUUGCACUUCUGGUAUAUAAAUGGAGAACGAAGCAUCGAUCAGCAUAUCACAGCAUCGAAGAGUUCCUCCGGAACCAAACCCACCUCAUGCCAGUAAGGUACUCUUACUAUCACAUCAAGAAAAUCACCGCAGGGUUCAAGGUCAAGCUAGGCCAAGGCGGGUUUGGCUCCGUCUAUAAAGCAAAGCUACGUAGUGGCAGCUCUGCCGCCGUCAAAAUGCUUGCCACCAACAACAAGAACAAGCCAUCUGCAACUGCAGCAGGAGGGAAAGGGCAAGACUUUAUGAAUGAGGUUGCCACCAUUGGCAGGAUCCACCACGCCAAUGUAGUUCGCUUGAUCGGCUACUGUUCCGAUGGACCGAAGCAAGCCCUGGUCUAUGAGUUCAUGCCAAAUGGCUCUCUCGACAAGCACAUCUCUCACCACAAGGAUGGUGGUGGUGGUGGUGAUCAAUGCAAUACCACACCUUCUUUGAGCUUGGAACAACUGUAUCGCAUCUCCCUGGGAGUGGGUCGCGGGAUCGAGUAUCUCCAUUCGGGAUGUGAUAUGCAGAUACUCCAUUUCGACAUCAAGCCACACAACAUCCUCCUGGAUGAAAACUUCACCCCCAAGGUAUCCGAUUUCGGGCUGGCGAGGCUGAACCAAGCCGGUCGGGACAACAACAUUGCAACUCUGACUGCAGCAAGAGGGACCAUAGGGUACAUGGCACCGGAACUGUUCUACAAGAACAUUGGAGGUGUGUCUUACAAAGCCGAUGUGUACAGCUUCGGGAUGCUGCUGUUGGAAAUGGUCGGGAAGAGGAGGAACUUGAAUACUGCAGCAACGGAUCAAUCAAGUGCUUACUUCCCCUCCUGGGUUCAUAACGAGGUGUCUACACCCGGAACUCCUAUUGCAGUCGGAGAAGUUACUGAAGAGGAAGACAAUAUUGCCAAGAAGAUGGUGAUGGUUGGUUUGUGGUGCAUUCAGACCAAUCCUGCCCAUCGUCCUCCAAUGAACAGAGUGGUGGAGAUGCUUGAAGGUGACGUGGAAACCCUGCAGCUGCCUCCCAAACCAGUUCUGUAUAGUGGAGAAACUGAUAGAAACAGAGCAUCUGACUGCAAACACCAUUUGCGUAAGAACCUUGCAACCAUGUUGAGAGCAGGGCUUCAACUCACACUAUCUCUGUUCAUGCUGCUGCUUGCUACAGCAGAUAGCCGGGCCAAAGAGCACUGCAAACCUUCUUCCUGCGGUGAAAUCCCCAUCAUAAAGCACCCUUUCCGGCUCACAACCGAUCCUGAGAGCUGCGGGAACCCCGAGUUUAGCCUGUCAUGCGAGAGCAAUACAACUGUGCUGAAUCUGCGCUCGUAUGGCGGCAGCAGCUUCGGCAGGUACUACGUGAAGGCGAUCUACUACAACAACGCCACAAUCCGGUUGGUGGAUGAUGGGGUGAUUGAGGGCAAUUGCUCUUCCUUACCCACUCAAUCUACGCUCCCAUUGAGGCCUUUCGACUCUUUUUAUAGGGUUUCUCAACGCUUGGCUCUGAUCAACUGCGACAACCCUGUUGUCAAUUCUACUACGACAACACCACUAGUGAGUGUGGAAACACGUCCUUGCAUCGAUUUCGGACCAAAUUCUUCUUCUUCGACGAGCUAUGCAGUUGUUGGUAGUUAUCUAGUGUUGUCAGAUUUGCCAGAGACGUGCAGAGUGGAGAUGACAGCUGCGUUGCCCAUUACCAGUAACUACGAUUACAGCAGCAAGGUCACGUUUCAAGAAAUUCACCGCCAGCUUGAAUAUGGGUUCGAGCUUACAUGGCAUUCUGAGCAAAAAGACAUCGUCUUCGAGGAUGCAGCAGUGAUCACUGUAGCCAUUAUCCUUCAGCCAGUUGCCUUAUAUCACCUGCUCAUGCUGGUACUUGGCACCCCUGUAGUUGUUGCACUUCUGGUGUAUCGAUGGCGGAGGAGGCAUCGGUCAGCAUAUCCCAGCAUCGAAGAGUUCCUCCGGAACCAAACCAACCUUGUGCCAAUAAGGUACUCUUACUAUCACAUCAAGAAAAUCACAGGUGUGUUCAAGGACAAGCUAGGCCAAGGCGGGUUUGGAUCCGUCUACAAAGCAAAGCUACGUGGUGGCGGUUUUGCCGCCGUCAAAAUGCUUGCGACCACCAACAACAACAACAACAACAAGCCAUCUGCAGCUGCUGCAAGGGGAGGGAAAGGGCAAGACUUUAUGAAUGAGGUUGCCACCAUUGGCAGGAUUCACCACGCCAAUGUGGUCCGCCUGAUCGGGUACUGCUCCGAAGGAUCAAAGCAAGCUCUGGUCUAUGAGUUCAUGGCGAAUGGCUCUCUUGACAAGCACAUCUCUCAAUCUCACCACAAGGAUGGUGGUGGCGAUGAUCAAAGGAGUACCGUCACCUCUUGUUUGAGCUUCGAGCAACUGUACCACAUCUCUCUGGGAGUGGCACGCGGGAUCGAGUAUCUGCACCGUGGGUGCGAGAUGCAGAUACUCCAUUUCGACAUCAAGCCACACAACAUCCUCCUGGACGAGAACUUCACCCCCAAGAUAUCCGAUUUCGGGCUGGCGAGGCUGAACCAAGCCGGUCGGGACAACGACAUCGCGACUCUGACUGCAGCAAGAGGGACCAUUGGGUACAUGGCACCAGAAUUGUUCUACAAGAACAUUGGAGGCGUCUCUAACAAAGCAGAUGUCUACAGCUUCGGGAUGCUGCUGUUGGAAAUGGCCGGGAAAAGAAGGAACUCGAAUAGCGCAGCGACGGAUCAAUCAACUGCUUACUUCCCCUCCUGGGUUCAUAACCAGGUCUCUACGCCAGGGACUCCUAUUGUAGUGGGAGAAGUCACGGAGGAGGAAGAGGACAUUGCCAAGAAAAUGGUGAUAGUAGGAUUGUGGUGCAUUCAGACCAGUCCUUCCAAUCGCCCUCCAAUGAACAAAGUGGUGGAGAUGCUUGAAGGCAACUUGGAUAGCCUGGAAUUGCCUCCGAAACCUGUUUUGUAUGCAAGAGAAGCUGUUAUAACGAACGAAGAAGGAUCUUCUUCUUCAUUCGUGUCAUCCGAGUAUACACAAUCAGUUAUCAUUAAUCAAUAA